AUGAAAGAGGCAAUCCGAUCACCACUGCGCCGCCGCAGCGCUCACGUCUCCAAGACCGACAACCCCGACUAUACUCGGCUCGCAGCACCCUGCCUCGACAUCGAGCUUCGAGAGCUGAUCCUAGAGAUGUGGUAUUACGACCAGUCCGCGCACGACGUCUUCCGCGACCCCAGCUCCUCAACCUCGGCUUGCCGCUUGAUCGUCGUCCGCUUCGAUUGCCGCCAAGGUGGCGGCGGUGCAGAAGGCCUUCCUCAAGGCGAUCCGCAUCCAUGCUGGCAUCUGUUCUGGCACUGCUUCGGCAGCGGAGGUGGGGAUUGGUGUACGCCGUCGACAAGGGCGAUGCCCGAAGCCUUCUUCGAGUAA